GCUGAUGGGACUGACACGUCAGCAGCAGAUGGGAGUGCCAAGUCAGCAGAUGGGAGUGACAGGUCAGCAGUCGGUCGGCUACUACUGCUGCUGUUGCUGACGAUGCGAUCAAUGUGCGAAGCUUAGCCACAGUGCCUGACCUUCUCUGCAUGGUCAUGGUGCACGCAAGAUGACGUCAACAACAAGAGCGGUGGUGGAUUGGGCGAGGGGGGGAGCAGCAGGCGGAUCGAGGAAGUUUGGCUUCGACUGCGGAGUCCGGAGUGAUGACGUGCCUGCCACGUGGCAGCUUCACGACCUGGCCUACAGCUGCUCCUCGCUGCCCUCUCGCUGCCGACGGCGAUGGCGACGAGAACAGCGCACGUGUCUGCAGUCUUUCCCUGCCUGUUCCUCCUCCUCAUCAUUAUGGGUAUCCCGACCUCAUCGAGAUUUUCCUCUCCCUGCACCUUCUCAACUGUGCAGUUGUAGGAUCUCAUCAUCAUCAUCAUCAUCAUCAUCAUCAUCAUCAUCAUCAUCAUCAUCGUUAUCAUCAUUAUCAUCAUCCCCCUCAUUCUUAUGGGAGCCAAAGAAGAUGAUGAUGGGACGAGAUCUUCUCUACCGUGGUGCGCAUUGGCAGCUGCAGUGCAUUCCGAUCCCAUCCCGGACCUGGGGCAUCAGGCAAAUUCCACCUGUGGCCUUCCCUGGGGUAUCAUCACCAGUUAUCACGAGUCCAGAUCUCAGCUGCUACUACGAUACCGAUCUGGACUGCCGUCAUCAAUCCAUAGUAAAUCCGAUGUCGACAAGCGGGUGCGGCCAUCGCCGAGGCUCCAAUCGACGUGUUUCACAUUCAGGCCAUCGAGGAGAAACGUGUUUUGCGUCUUCUCGUCCUAAGAUUGCGAAAGCGAAAAUGUUCAAGAGGUGGAGAAGGAUGACGGUCGGGGUACCAAUCAUUGCAUCAAACACAAGACGCAGCAACAGGAGCCAUUUACUUCAGCGACAUUUCACACUCCUAUCUUCCUCCUCCUCCUCCUUUUCCUCCUUUUCCUCGUUGUCCUCCUUGCCCUCCUCAUCAUCCUUAUCCUUAUCACCGUCGUCGUUGUCAUUGUUAUCAUAUGCGUCGUCACCAUCGAAGCGUGGUGCAUCUCAGCCGGUGAUGUACAGUCUGUCUUCCUCUCUGUGCUGGUGCUUGCCACAUGUUUCCAGAUGGGCUGUUGCUGCGAGUGGUGGCAGUGGCACCUCCUCCUCAUCGACUCUGGGUGAGGCACAUGUUUCCUGUUCACUAUCUUCGUCAGCAUUGUCUUGGCGCGAGGCAGUCGUCCCCUCUCCUGUCUUCUCUCCUCCUCCUCCAUCUCCUCCUCCUCCUUCUCCUCCUCAUCUGAGCCGUCUGUCCUUUUGCCUGUCGGAUGCAAUCCCGACCGUCCGGUCAUCUCGGCGCCAGCCGUGGGCGGCUUGCCAAGCACUCCCAUCAGAUUCUCGCCACGUGUCCUUUCCCAAGCAAUCAACCUCGUCGUCGUCGUCGUCCUCCUCCUCCUCCUCUUCCUCUUCCUCUUCUCCCUCCAUUCCACACCUCAUCCCGCUUCCGAGGCGGACUCUUCGGAAGAUUUUGCCGUAUACCGGCACUGGGGAGCAGUUGUUGUAUUAUAUUGGGGCGCCGGACACGUGGCUGCGGAGGAUUGCAAUCUCCUUAAUUGGCUUCAUUGUCUUCUACAAACUUGAUUGGCCUCUCUUCACGACCGUCUCGUCCCUGUAUUGGUUAUGGAUCCCGAUUGCAACGACGGCUCAGUCUAACCUCUCGCUCGGCUUGCGAUAUCAGUACGGAGCUCUUUGGAAGACAAAGCUGCAUGUGGUCGAGAUGAUAGACUACGUGAUCAGGACAGAGAAGAGGUCGACGGCUCGAGGCCGCAUCGUGGCCAAGCCAAUCACCGAGCUGCGGCUGCGGAUAGUUCUCGGCGAUGGCGAUCGGGAUGGCGAUGGCGGAGGUGGUGGUGGCCCCAUGAUCGAGAUGUUUGUGCCGAUGCCGGAAUCCCGACCCGUUCUCCAGCCCGGCGAACCGGCGGAGCUCCUCGUCCUCUCCGAUCGCCAAUCAUUGACCAGGUUCAAGGUAAUCCGGGAUGUAUAUUUGCCACGUAAGAAGAUGUGGAUAAGGAACUUUCCAAGAGUUGUCACGUCGGCGUUCGAGGAGGCGAGUGCAGAGCUCAGCGAUCCCAGCUACAGACAGCGGUUUGGUCGAAGGACGGGAUCGCGGUCGGGCAUGGCGAGCCGGGGGAGGAGAUCCUCCUCCUCCUCCUCCGCGUUCUCGAGGAAUGUCGGGAGCCCGUCCACGGAGAGCGGACGCUAUCGAGUUUCCGGCCGCCAGCAGCAGCAGCAGCCCGCGCAGCGGCAAGGAUACAGAAAUGGCGGGAAACUUGAUGAGUCUGUGCGAUGGCGGGAAAAUCCUCGUACAGCUUAUAACAGCUAUGGCGGCUAUGGCGGGUAUGACGGUGCUGCGCCAUCGAGCAGGACUUCUGAUCAGCGAGCCAGGAAGGAUGCAACAGCGAUCCUCUCUACCGAGCGUGACCGAAUGGAGGAGGAGGACGAGGGGAUCCCGAUCUGAUCAUGGCGCUAUGAGUGAGGGCCGAGUAUCGCACUCGACAAGAUAGACUUGUCUACAUUUUUUCUAAAAGUUUAGUUGAUUAUUUAGUUGUUUAGUUAUGUGGGAGGAAAUUUGAGUGGACUCCUCUUCUAGUGAUGUAAUUACUGAGAGCGGGGGCCCAGGUCCCAUUUGCCCAGAUUCUUCCUUUCUGUCGGUUAAUCUUCAUAAUCAGCGCUCUGGAAUGGAGAAACCGAGUGCACGGGAGCUCGCCGCAGGGUGUCUGAUUUCGCAGCUGCACACGCGCAGACAGACAUGAUCAUGCAUGCAUGCAUACACGCCUCAGCAUGUACGCAACCAUGCAUACAUGGCUCAGCGUGUACGUAACCGUGCAUGCAUGCGUGCAUCCACGGCUCAGCAUGUAUGUAACCAUGCAUACAUGGCUCAGCAUGUAUGUAACCGUGCAUGCAUGCAUGCAUCCUCGGCACAGCAUGUACACACCCAUACAUGCAGGCAUGACUCAGCAUGUCUGUCACCGUGCAUGCAUGCAUGCGUACACGGCUCAACAUGUACGUAACCAUGCAUGCAUGCGUACACGGCUCAGCAUGUACGUA